AUGAUGGCGAACGAAGGCGACAUCGAAGAACACAUCCAGUUUGCUCUUUCGACCUCUUUGUCCGGAAAGAGUGGCGACAAUGAAACAAAUCAGGACGUACGCUAUCCUCUGCAUGUAGUGGACAAAAAAAGGUCGUUGGAAUCGACCGAAAGAUCUCCUUUACUGCGCACGGCAGACACCGAUGAGCCAAUAUCGCCAAAAUCCGCGUGGAAUACAAAUUUUAAACGGUUCCGUUCCUUCACUGUGUCAGUUGCCACUAAGUCCCUGGUGGAAAAGGAGAGUCACGACAGACAGGCGUCUGCUUUCCUAGCUGGCUGGAAUGUCACGAACCUAAUUCAAGGCAUGGGUAUCCUUGGUGUUCCAUAUGCUGUGCGGGAGGGAGGCGUGGCUGCUGUCAUUUGUAUCUUCAUCCUGGCCAUGUUUUGUGACCUCACCGGUAUACUGCUGGUUGAUUGCUUAUAUGAAAUAUCACCCCGUAGCAAGUUAAGGAAGAGAGUGCGAGAGUCGUACCCUGAUGUCGGAGACGCUGUAUGGCCUGGAGUAGGAGGCAAGGUUAUAAGCGUCAUACAGACAGUAGAGCUGUACUCUGCGGCAGUGCUGUAUCUCAUUCUUCUCUCUACUAUGUUCUCUCAAAUAACAGGGAAGUAUGUGUCACUCAACUUGAAUGAAUGGGCCAUCAUUUGUUCUCUAGCAGUGCUUCCAAGUGUCUUCAUCUCAAGGUUAUCACUUAUCGCCUGGAUGAGCAUGCUGGCCGUGUUUUCCCUCAUGUCAGCACUGAUGGUUAUGAUAGCAUAUUGCAUUGUGCGAUAUGACCGGUGGUCAUGGAACAAUAUUCCUGCCUUUAACAUCAGCACAUUUCCAGUUGGGUUCGGUAUUGUAACAUUCAGCUAUUGUGCUCAUGCUGUGUUUCCUGGCAUAGAAGGCAGCAUGAAAGAACCAAAACACUAUAAUAAAAUGAUGCAUGUUUCAUUCUUCAUCUCAGCCAUUGUGAAAACUUUGUUUGGUCUAUUCGCCGUGCUCACGUUUGGCAUUCUCACAGAUCAAGUGUUCACAGUCAACAUGGCUGAAAAUGUGGGCUUCAACACUGCAGCAACGGUGUUGGUGGCCAUGAAUGUGUUUUUUUCAUUUCCUCUUCCACUCUUUGUAGUUAAAGAGACAUUCGACAAAAAUAUCGGCCCUUACUUUCCACACUUAGCAAAAGGAACAAAAUAUCACUGGUACUGGCUGCUGUUGACAAGAGUAUUUCUUGUAGUCUUUGCACUUUUCAUUGCUCUUGUAGUACCUCAUUUCGGCCUUCUGAUGGGAUUUGUUGGCAGUUUUUCAGGAAUGUGUCUAUCAUUUGCAUUUCCUUGCAUUGCACAUCUUAAGCUGCGGUGGAGGUUUCUGCGAUGGUAUCACAUCACAGGUGAGAUUGCUCUUAUUGUUCUUGGAUUUCUUGUUGGAGGACUUGGUCUGGUUUACUCAGGUAAAGCACUGGUGGAAUCAUUUCGUACAUUUUAG